AUGUUUAUCUUCAACCACCUGUUGUCUGUUUUUGCCAGAAAUCAGACGUCUGACAGCUGUCGGGAAGGGACUGAAGAGAGUCAUCCCAGGGACACCUUCGUCCAGAUUGCACGUGCCUUCACAGACACAUGCGGCCUCACGCUGCUGCCUCCGAGACAUCCUUCUGCAGAGAGGACGUACGUGUGCACCGAGUGCGGAAAAUCCUUCCUGAACUGUUCCCGCCUGCGGAGACACGCCAGCGUUCACAUGAGCGUGAAACCCUUCGCGUGUCACGACUGCGGUAAAACCUUUCGCGACGACAAGAGCCUCGUGACACACAGGAAAAUCCACACAGGAGAGACGCCCUACCGCUGUCAGGACUGCGGCAAGUUCUUCCUCUACCUGUCCUCCCUGAGAAAGCACGCAAGCGUGCACACCAGCGUGAAACCGUACGCUUGUGGGGAGUGUGGCAAAACCUUCCGUGACAAUAGCACGCUCGGCAGGCACCGAAAAGUCCACAGCAAAGACCAAUACGAGUGCAAGGACUGUGGCAAAAGCUUUCUGCUGCCCUAUCGCUUGAACAUCCACGCGCGCAUCCACACGGGAGAGAGGCCUUACGCGUGUCCCGAGUGCGGCAAGACCUUCAGGCAGUCAGGGGCGCUGAUGUUACACGCCAGGACGCACACGGGCGAGAGGCCCUACGUGUGCCAGGAGUGCGGCAAAUCCUUCAAGCAGUCGGGCGCCCUGAUGCUGCACACGCGCAUCCACACGGGAGAGAGACCCUACGAGUGCAAAGAGUGCGGCAAGUCCUUCACGCAGUCCGGGGCGUUCACCUUGCACACGCGCCUGCACACGGGCGAGCGGCCCUACGUGUGUCAGGACUGCGGGCGAGCUUUCCGCGUGCGAAGCGCCCUCCUGACGCACAGCACCCUGCACACGGGGGAGACGCCUUACCGCUGUCAGGACUGCGGCAAGACCUUCAGGGAGGCGGGCACCUUCACCUUACACAGGCGGCUGCACACGGGGGAGAAACCUUACCAGUGUCAGGAGUGCGGCAAGCGUUUCCCCCAGUACGGGCACCUCAACAGGCACACCAAGAUCCACACGGGAGAGAAACCCUACGAGUGUCAGGAUUGUGGCAGAACCUUCAGGCAGUCGAGCGCCUUCACCUUGCACAGACGCAUCCACACGGGAGAGAGGCCGUACGAGUGCAAAGAGUGCGGCAAGACCUUCCGACAGCCCAGCACCUUCACCUUGCACACGAGGCUGCACACCGGCGACAGGCCUUACGCCUGCGACGACUGCGGCAAAUCCUUCUGUGUCCGCAGCAACCUCCUGACGCACCGCCGGAUCCACACGGGAGAGAGGCCCUACCAGUGCAAGGAGUGCGGCAAAACCUUCAGGCAGUCCGGCACCUUCACCUUGCACACGAAGCUGCACACGGGCGAGAGGCCCUACGCGUGUGACCACUGUGGGAAGACGUUCUCUUUCCGCAGCAACCUCACGGCACACAAGAGAAUCCACACGAGAGCAAGACCGUACGAUGCCAGUGGCCUGGACAAGACCUGCUGUGACCACAGCCUCCUGGGACCUAGCAGCAUCCGUGCCGAAGAGCCCUCCUAUGGAGUGCUGGUCAACCUUGUGUGA